AUGAUGAUGGGUUUCGCUGUUUCUGACGAAUUGUUGGGUACUGUUGCUCCGAUUCUUGUUUAUUGGUUGUAUUCUGGGGUUUAUGUGUUGCUUUCGUCUCUCGAGAGUUACAGAUUGCAUCCUAAGGUUGAAGAAGAAGAGAAGAAUCUCGUCUCCAAAUUGUCUGUCGUGAAAGGUGUUCUUCUUCAACAGCUCGUUCAAGCAGUUGUUGCAAUCAUCUUGUUUACGGUCACAGGAAGUGAUGCUGAAGCAGACAAAGCGCAAGAGUUUUCAAUUUUGGUUCUGGCCAGACAGUUUGUGACGGCCAUGAUAAUCCUUGACACAUGGCAAUACUUCAUGCAUCGAUUUAUGCAUGUCAACAAGUUCUUAUACAAACAUAUCCAUUCUCAACACCACCGCCUUAUCGUCCCUUAUGCGUAUGGAGCUUUAUACAACCAUCCAGUGGAAGGACUCCUCUUGGAUACCAUCGGAGGUGCCUUGUCUUUCUUAAUCUCUGGUAUGUCUCCAAGAACUUCCAUCUUCUUCUUCUCAUUCGCCACAAUCAAAACCGUGGACGACCAUUGCGGUCUCUGGCUUCCCGGAAAUCCAUUCCAUAUGGUCUUCAAGAACAACACGGCUUACCACGAUGUGCAUCAUCAGCUCUAUGGAACCAAAUACAAUUUCUCUCAGCCUUUCUUUGUCAUGUGGGAUCGGAUUCUUGGAACUUACAUGCCUUAUUCGCUUGAGAAAAGAGAAGAUGGAGGAUUCGAAGCACGCCCGACUAAAGAAUUCAAAGACGAUUGA